CGUUGUCUUCACAGCUCACGCUGAGUGUAGAUUACAAUUUAUUAAUAACUCUGAAGAUACGUAACAAUCCAUUCUUAACCGACCGAACUAAACGAGUAAAAUAUUAAUAAUGGCUCUACACUCAGCAGUAAAGGGUAAACUUUUGGCCGUGAUUGGAGACGAAGACACCUGUGUUGGUUUCUUAUUGGGCGGAAUUGGCGAAAUCAACAAACAUAGACACUCAAACUUCAUGGUUGUUGACAAAAACACGGCGGUGAUUGAUAUUGAAGAGUGCUUCAAAGGAUUUAUUAAACGGGAUGACAUUGACAUUAUACUCAUAAACCAAAAUGUGGCCGAAAUAAUUCGUCAUGUAAUUGAUGGUCACACACAGCCAAUUCCAGCAGUUCUUGAAAUUCCGUCCAAGGAUCAUCCUUAUGACGCUAGUAAAGAUUCAAUUUUGCGUCGUGCUAAAGGAAUGUUCAAUCCAGAGGACGUAUGAAAAAUUCAAUUACCAAAUUAUUUUAUCAUUUGUUUUUUGUUGUUAGAGUGAUCAUUUUUAUUUUAACAUUCCAUUUCUAAUUAUUU